AUGACACUUAAGCUAGUUUCAAUUUUACUUGACUUCCAACUAACUUAUAUUUGUUGUCUCAACAACAUCUCUUCACUGUUUUUUCUAUCUAUCUAUCUAAUUUCUUCUCGACUAUUUUUCUUACAGAUUUUCUCUAAUUUUAUCUAUCUAUGUAUCUAUCUAUCUGAGACUAUUUUUUAUACAGAUUUUCUUCUCCCUCUCUUUCUCUCCCUCAGUCUAUCUAUCUAUGUAUCUAUCUAUCUAUGUAUCUAUCUUCUUCUCAAUUAUUUUUUCUUACAGAUUUCUCUCUUCUCUCUUUCUUUCUCUCUGUCUGUCUAUAUAUCUAUUUUCUCUCUUUCUUUCUUUCUCUUUCAGGCUAUCUAUCUAUUUAUCUAUCUAUCAUCUACUUCUCAACUAUUUUUUCUUAUAGAUUUUCUUUCUCUCUCAAUUUGUUUUCUCUUUUUCUUUCUCUCUCUCUCACUCUAUCUAUCUGUCUAUCCAUCUAUCUAUCUAUCUACUUCUCAAAUAUUUUUUCUUACAGAUUUUCUUUCUCUCUCAGUCUGUCUAUCUUUAUAUCUACCUAUUUUCUUCUCCCUUUCUUUCUUAUCUAAGUCUAUCUAUCUAUCUAUCUAUCUAUCUAUCUAUCUAUCUAUCUAUCUAUCUACUCAAAUAUUUUUUCUUACAGAUUUUCUUUCUCUCUCAUAUAUCUAUCUAUCUAUCUAUCUAUCUAUCUAUCUAUCUAUCUAUCUAUCUCCUUCUCAAAUAUUCUUUCUUAUAGAUUUUUUCUUUAUUUCUUUCUCUCUCAGUCUAUAUUUUUCACCCUUUCUUUCUUUCAUGAAUUCUAUCUAUCUCUCUAUAAUGAUUUUCUUUCUCUCUCAAUUUCUCAGGGUUUUUUCAUUCAUUUUAUUUACCUUUCUCAUUUUAGUUUACUUUUUGUCCUUCAUUUUCCCUGCCACUCUUUAUUUCCUUUCCUUCUCCCUAAAAUGUUCUUUCACCUUUUUUUUUUUUUCACUAUUUCUCUUUUUCCUUUUUCUCACAAAGCUCACCAUUUUUUCUUUCUUAUUACCUUUCUCAUUCUCUCUGUUUUCCACCACUUCCUGUUUUUCAUCUCUCACUCCCAACAACACCCAACUCCUCUCUCUCUCUCUCGCUCCCAUUUUCUUCCUAUUUCUAUAA